ACACCAGUCCAGAAAAAAAAUUUAUAGGUGAAGCCCAAUUGCGCAUGGAGUGACUGUUGCGAUAAUUAGCUCGGGGCCAUGGGAAAUUGACAAGUCGGCGUUGAGAACUUACCUCAUCCUGCUAUGAUCUCAUGUAGAUGAAUGAGUGAGAGAAGAAAUAAACUUAAAAGUGCGUUUACGUUCUGUCUAGUAGAGCAGUGUUUUUGGAGAUUUUUAAAAAAAAUUUCAGCAGUCUUAUUUUUUUUUUUCCAUUGGCAAGUGCAAGUGUGAAAAUUGUUUGAAGUGAAUAGCCUCAAGUGUGUGCAGCAGUUUGAGCAGUUUGCAGGGAAAAGACGUCAGAAGUCAUGAACACAGAAUGAGGAGACACUGAGGAGGUUAAUUUAUCUCAAUGUCCACUAGUGAGGUCCCAGUGGCCUCGAAGUCUGAGGUACCUAAUGCACCUUCCACCUCCUCCUCCUCCUCUUCCUCAAAAACCACCAUCCUCAAUGGGUCCUCAAAGCCUGAGGAGAAAGAGGGGCAGGAGAAGGACAACACAGCAGAACUACUGGCCAAGCUAGAGGAAGCAAAUAAACUCCUGGAAGCAGAUGAGAAAUCCUUGGUCAGCCUUUCUGUUGCCCCCUCCCCCACCCCCAGCCACUCCCGGAAGGGCUCGGGGUCCAGUGUGGUGUCCAGUACUUCCUCCAACAGUCACUAUAGUAACCAACAGUCCACAGAGGAACCAGAAAACAAUGCAGCUACAGGAAAUGUUUGGGAAAUCUGGGGAAAGCUCGUCAAUGACUGGGAUAAUGCCAGAAAGAAAACAUCCCUCAUCAAGGAGCUGGUGAGGAGGGGGAUCCCGCACCACUUCCGGGGCCUGGCCUGGCAGCUGUUACUGGGGGUGCAUGACUCGCCCCACAAACAGCUGUACGUGGAGUACCUGAAGCAGACCUCGCCCAGCGAGAAGCUGAUCAGGAGGGACAUCGCCCGCACCUUCCCUGACCACGACUUCUUCAAGGAGAAGGAUGGACUUGGCCAGGAGAGCUUGUUUAAUGUCAUGAAGGCGUACUCCCUCCAUGACCGAGAGGUGGGCUACUGUCAGGGGAGUGGAUUCAUCGUCGGCCUUCUACUUAUGCAGAUGCCGGAGGAAGAAGCUUUUGCCGUCCUUGUUAAGUUAAUGCAGGACUAUCGUCUCAGAGAAUUAUUUAAACCCAGCAUGGCUGAACUAGGCCUGUGCAUGUAUAAACUGGAGUGUCUGAUACAGGAACUGUUGCCGGACCUGUACCUCCACUUCCAGUCCCAGGGCUUCCAUACCUCCAUGUACGCCUCCUCCUGGUUCCUGACGCUCUAUGCCACCUCAUUCUCCCUGUCUCUCUCCUGUCGAAUCAUGGAUUUAUUUAUUUCUGAGGGUAUGGAUGUGAUAUUUCGUGUGGGAAUUGCAAUACUACAAACUAGUCAAGAGGAACUUCUGUCUAUGGAUAUGGAGGGAAUGCUUCAGCAUUUCCAGAAAACUUUGUUUAGUCAGUAUGAGGGGGAUCCAGACAGACUGUUUAACACUGCUUUUGCUGUCAAAUACAGUGCCAAAAAGAUGAAAAAAAUAGAGAAAGAGUACACAGCUCUGAAAAGCAAAGAAAAUGAAGAUCAGAUAGAACUAAGGAGGUUAAGAACAGAAAACAGAUUACUUAGACAACGAAUUGAGGCCCUUGAAAAGGAGUCUGCAUCAUUAGCUGAUAGACUGAUCCAGUACCAGGUGACCAGAGCACAGGAAGCGGAGGAAACCUACGCCUUAAAAAACAAUCUGUCAACAACAAAGCAGAAGCUCGUUGAUACAUCACGAAAACUCGAGGAGGCGAACACGCUGAUCGGGGACAUUAAGGAUCGGAUGAACUUGGUAGCAACAAGCAGUAUAACCUCGGCCUCCUCACUAGAUGAGGAUGAGGCACAGACAGUGAUCGGUCACCUUCAGGAGGAGUUGAUUGCUCUACGCCUCAGGGACGCCGACACAGAAUCCCUGGUCAAGGAGCUCCGCACCAAAAUCAGGGAGUUAGAAGAGACCAACAUACAGUUGCAGAAAGCUCCUAGUAAUGAUGUUCAACAUUUACAAGAGGAGCUAAUUGCUGUCAAGCUCCGGGAAGCUGAGGCCAACCUUUCUCUGAAGGAGAUGAAACAUAAAGUGUACGAUCUGGAGUCUCAAUGGGAGGAGUUCAUCAUCAAAUCUAAUCAGGAUCCCUCCUCCCCGAAAGAUAAAAAUAGUAACAAACACGAGGUUCGACAGCUUCAGGAGGAGUUGAUGUCAGUCAAGAUCCGAGAAGCUGGGUGUCUGUCGGAGCUGAAAGAAACCAAGCAGAAGGUCAUGGAAUUCGAAACUCAGAACCAUAUAUGCACCAAUCAAAUUAGAAGAAUGGAUGAGGAGAACAAGACGCUGAAGUCGCAGCUCGAACUCCACGAGGCGCAGGAGAAGGACCUCCAGAACCAGAUCAAGGACCUCUCCCGGAAGCUGGACAACCUCGAGGCCCAGAGAAAGGAAGAAUCCAUGAUGAUGAGAAUCAAAGAUGCGGAGCAGGCUCAGUCGCUGGCUGAACUUAAUCGGAAGAUAGCUGAACUUGAAAUCCAGAAGGAAGAACUCCUGACAGCGGAUAGGUUGGAUGCCAAAGAUGGCAGCCAGGACCUAGCCAACCAAAUCUACGAUCUACAAGAUGAAGUACUCCAACUGAGGCUAUCCCACAAUUCAUCAGGUCCAAAACCAUCCUUUCGCAACGGUUCAUUAAGUGACAGUGACGAGGAUAGUGAUGAAGACUUGGAAAAUCCAGACACCUUAAACCGAACAUUGUCCGACAUUAUUGAGGGCAGGUCCUCUUCCAGUGUCUUAUCCUCCUCUUUGAUCAACAGUUCAUCUCCCACUAAACAAACAACGAAAUCCUCGCAUGAGGACCAGCUUUCAGAGGGACAGCAAACGAAGGGAGAAGAACAGUGUAUAGAAACUCUGUCACCCAUCUGUUCUCCCAACAAAGUUCAAAGUUCAAAACUGAUCAGUGACUGUGAUAAAGAAUUGGGUCAGACAGACAACGGUGCUUUAGUUAAGCCAUUACUAACUAAUGGGACUGGUGCAAAGGCAACAGACUUUUGUAAUGAGGUUCCCAAUGGGGAAGUCAGCAGAGUUAGUUCAGAGCUUGGCGUGUCUGCUGAUCAAAUACGCUCAACCCAAAACAGUGUGUCAUAGUGUUCGGAGCAACUGUGAAAUUGUUUCUUGUUCAGUUAAGGAUAAAUCAUUAACUCUUCAAAGUGCUUUUAAUUGAUAACGUUUUUUUGUGAGUAAAUUUUAUUUAUGUCUAGGGAAAGAUAAUGGAGUUACGAUAUAAGAUAAAGGAAGUGAUUACCUUUAAGUGUUCUGAUCUGUUUUCGGUUUAAAUGAAUUGCGUAAUACCCACCAUGCUGUAUGUUUUUUGGUACUUGUUAUUUACUGUUAUGAAAUGUAAUAUGCAUUUCUUUAUUGUUGAACGUUUACUUAUUUUCUGUGCUUAUGGUUAAAGUAAAAAUUGAACAUCAGUUCUCAAUUGAAGUAAAAUCCAUUACUCUUAAAGGACAAAAAAAUAUAUAAGAAUAAAAAAAAAUUCAGAGGAGAACAUGUGUUUUUUUUUGAAAGAUUUUGGAAAUUUUACAUUAUUAGCUCUUGAACAAUCAGGCAUGUACCGGUAAUUCAACAUAUGUAAACCAAAUCUGUCAUGUUAAAAAAAUAUAUCAGAUUAAAACCUAAUUAGUAUGGCACAUAUUUGGAUAUUCCUUUAAUAUAAAGUGAUUACCAUUCCAACCAAUGAUAUAUGUACAUGUACAUUUAUUCUCAUUAAAUCACUUUCAAAAUCAUGUACCAGUAUACGAAGAACAGAUGUAUAUUAUAAAAAGAUUAUAAAAAAAGUUAUUUUUCCUGUUGCUUAAAAUAUAUUUGUGUAUAGCAGCUAAAAAAAUGGGAACUUUGCUUUUAAUGUAGCUGUUUUAUAGGGAAGAGAAAAAAAAUGUUUUGUCACUAGAAGACUGAAUCACCAUUGUUAGCAAUGUUUUGUAAAUACUCAAAAGAGAGUCUUUAUGUGCCAAAGAAAUCUGUUUGUUGCAUAGUUUUCUUCAAGUGUGUGUGAUAGAUGUAGAUAAGAUUAGUUACUAGCAAUGCAGCAUUUCAAGCCAUGGAUAGAAAGUCUGCAUUAUCUCUCUCUCCUCCAGUAGUCAGGGGUUUCGUUCAGUUCUUUUGAUUGUUCAAUUUUUUUCUUUCAAUGAUAUGGCUACAGUAAAUUAAUAUUUUGGGGUUGUUUUUCUUAGAGGAAUAUAAUGGUUUCAUGCAUAUCAAGUAGGAAUUAUUUUCUUCCUUGUAAUUGUUAAAAGCAACAGCAAAUUUACUCUUAGACACAUAAUCAAUACUGUUUUCACCUCUGUUAUUUAAUGUAUUGAUGUUUUUGCAAUAUGAAAUUUAUGACAUGAUAUUAUUUUUCCUAACCAAUAUGGGUAAUGUAAGACGUUUGUCACAGUCAAUAUCUACAAUCAUAUUUAGGAGAUAUUUUUUUUCUUAAUACAGCAAUACACCCCUUCACGAUAACUGCGGUACUGCUCUCCGGGGGGGGGGGGGGGGG